AUGGCUUCAGGCGUAAAACGCGAACGAAGCGAUGGGUUUGAUUAUGAUUAUGAGGCGGUUCUGCUGGAUAUAGAAGGAACAACAACUCCGAUAUCUUUUGUUAAGGUAACCAAUUUAUUGAUUAGAAAUCGAGCAGUAGCAGAAUGGCAUUUUUCUCGAAUAUAAAAUUCUAGGAAAAGUUUAAUAGGCAGUCAUGCGUUGCACUGCUGCUAGUUGAGCUUAUAAAUUUAAAGAAACUUUAAAUUUACAUUUAACCUUAUUAUAAGAUACUCACUACUCACGAAAUACACUGUACAUUGAAAACAAAACAACGGCUGUAAUUAUAAAAGAGGAAGUUUUGUAUUCCACACAAACACAGGCAUCCCAAGCUGACUAAUACUGUGGGGCUUGUUAAAAAUUAAUAGACUAUUAAAUACGUACAAAAUAACUAGCAAUUAUUGUAUUUUGUCAUCGUAGGAUAUGAAGAAUUCUGCGGAUCAAGGAGGGUGUUAUCCACCCACAGGCGGCCCAAACUCACGUUGCGAGGGAAGGGUGUAAUGUAAUUUACAUAACAUAUGUGACGCGCCCGUGUCGCAUUACAGGCGACCGUUGAAAAUAUAAGAGACUUUGUAUGGGAAAUAUAUUACUGAGAUCUGCGAACGCGAAAUGAAUAAAAAAGUCUUACCUGCAAUCUAUUCCGCUGCGGUUUGGUGUCUGUUUGUCGAUUUACUGUUUUUUUGGCUUUAUUGCGUAACCACUGUUACUCCUUUCAUAGGAAAAGGUCAACGGUCAUGUGUAACGCGACACCGGCACGUCAAAUAUGUUAUGUAAAUUACAUUACACCCUUCCCUCGCAAAGUGAGUUUGGGCCGCCUGUGAUCCACCAAGGCUGAAGGCAGAGGUUGAUAACACCCUCCGAGAUCUGCAGAAUUCUUCAUAUCCUACGAAAGCCGAAUAGACCUUUUUACCGAUAUGGCGGCCAUAUUGAACUAAUUUGAUUUAAGGAGUAUUAUAGGAUGCCCAGGGGACAUGAGCACAUUUCGUUUGUGUUUUUGAACACUUUUUGGGACAUUUUUUCUUAAAGUUCUCUUAGAAUAAGAUCCUUGUGCCGUGUUUGGAUGUAAUAAUGAUUGCCUUUUUUCUGAGAAAUAUACAGUCAAAGAUUAGAUUUCUAAUACUAAACUAGAAAAAGGCGACCAUUAUUACAUCCAAACACCAUACAAGGAUCUUUUUUCCCAUUACAAUCUUAUUCUAAGAAAACUUUAAGAAAAGAUGUCCCGAAAAGCGCUCGAAAAUACAAAAAAAAUGUGCUCAUGCCCCCUGGGCAUCCUAUAAUGCUCCUUCAAUCAAAUUAAUUCAAUAUGGCCACCGUAUUGGUAAAAAGGUCUAUUCAAUACAUUGCUUUAUUAUUCAUUCAAAAUAAUUCCAAGUUGAAAAUUCCAAGCUAACACAUGCUUACCUGGGUCAAUGUUAAGUUCAUAUCAAUAGUGCAUCCUUAUCGGAGAUCAAGGGCUGUUCAAGUCUGCAAAUAUACUCUAAAAGCUGAUGUUGUCUUCUUGCUGUAACUCUUGCCAUGUUUUUAGACAAUAGUUCGCCGUGAAAUGAGUAAAAUGUUCUGCCAUUCACCAUACUCACUUCAAAAACAACUCAAACUCGUCCCCAGGUUUUCCUGGUUAACGGUUCAAUAAUCUGCAACUUUGCUGCACUUUUGUCAUCUGUUCAAUAUCAAUGACAAAAUUCUUCCAAAUUUGGUCAACAGUAGCUGGUCAUGAUGAAUUAUGCGUGUGAUUUGAGUCAAUCAGAAAUGGAGAAAUAUUUUGAAUGAAUAAUAAUAUUAUUAUUAGACUUAUUAAUGCAACCCAAAAAAGCAGGCUUCAUUUUAUUUUAAGAAAGGUUCUUGUAGGCUUCAUAGAUGGUUCCACUCCAGGGGUUAAUAUACUGUGGAUUCAAAGUGGUGGUAAUUAUCUAAGGAUUUUUUUGGGUUUAAAAAUUUCCCAUUAUUUCCAAGAAUUUUUUUCGGUAGGAAAGUUAAAUUUAAGUUCAUAUUUUAUUAGAGUGCCUUGAUUUGAGUACGGAUUUUAUUUUGGUUUUUCAGUAUCACUUAUUACAAUCUUGAGAUUGACAAUGUACACGCACCCUGCAUAUAGGCCAGCCACAUAAGUUCAUGAGGAAAAGAUAAAUUCAGAUGGUACAAUAAAGAAAUAAUGCAAAAAGCAUUUACUGGCCCUUUUAAGUUAUCAAGAAUUUUUAAGGCACAGAAAUUGGACAUGGGAUCUUUUGGAGGUCAAUACUUGGCCGUAAGAUUUUUGGGGUGCUUUGAUUUUUGACCAUACCUGUCACUUUAAUUGCGGAGUAUCAGUGCUGUCAACUCUCCCGGAUAAUCCAGGAGACUCCAGAUUUUGGACCGUAUCUCCCGGUCUCCAGAUUAGAGUCUGAUAUCUCCCAGAUAAUUGCCAAAGCUGCUAUUUCUGGUAGACUCGACUUUCUGACCAUAAAAUUUCAAAUAUUUUGCGUUGUUUGAGCCACUGUUAACAUGGAAUGUUUCCUCAUAAAUUCUGGUAUGCCACUGUAAUUUAAGCAAUGAUGUGGCUAAAUAUGAACUGUUUAAGUGCUAUACAGUCGCAUUGAUCGUGAUCAAUGAGCAUUUUUGGCACAAAUGACAUCAUUUGUUGUGUGAUAUGAUGUCAUCUAUAAUUCCCUCUCUAUCAGUUCUCAAUAUUUGAUGACGUAGGGGGUUGACAGCCCUGGAGUAUGCACCAUGAGUAAUGCACACAGGUGAAGAUAAAUGGUAGUGGGGGUGUGGAUGCAUUAAUAUUUGAGAUACGACAUAAAAUGACCAUUACAUUCUUUUUUCAGGAUAUUCUUUUUCCAUAUGCAAAGAAAAAUGUGAAGGUAUUUCUUGAGAGAAACUGGGGAACAACUCAAUGUACAGAGGAUAUAGAAGCUCUAAGAAAUCAGGUAUCUUAACAUGUAACUUGACUGAAACUCACGUCGCUACCAUAUGGAACCAGAUUACCCCCCCCCUCCCCUGGGUAAUAAUAUAUCCAUAUUGAAAUCAGUGGCGAUUCCUGUGAUCUGAUGGUUCUUAGCAGUGUGAUUUAUUCAUGAAUCAUACACAUACAUGUCACUCUAAAUCACGUCUGUUCUAAAUUGCAUCAUUCAUGUGUCAUGCACCAUUUUUGCUCUAUUUAUAACAUCAUUUCUGAAUACUAAAUGAGAUGUAAAGCCUUUUUGUUUCAACUUUUCAACAGCUCACUCAACUUAAAUUUCAGAUCACAGUGUAAAUACUACCUUGCUGUCUUUGCUGUGAAAACCACUCCAGCACUUACUGGUCUAGUUUUAGGAUAUUUGGGAUAUUUGGCCCAGUCUCUUCUCCAGCAUUGCACAUUAUGCUCGUACGACGUAUAGUCAAUAUUCUCGAUCGAUUUCUUUUAUCUUGAAAACCGUACUAUAUGAGGAGCGACAUGCUUUUGGCACGAUGAUAAAAAAUAACAGCGAUGAAAGGGAUACUUGAUACUGUGAAACGUUUUCUGGUUACUAGUAACUCAUAUUAUUAUUGUGGUUCUGUGGCCGCGUGGUAGUUGUAGCCAUGAGAGACUGCAAGUUUUUUCCUGUUCGUUAUUUUUUCAUGUUUUGCGUUGCGUAAAGUUAGUUUAAUUAGUACCUUUGAUAUCGCGCUUGGAGUAGUCUUUUGUUAGCCUUUUUUCAUAUGCUUAUUCUUUCUGUAUUCUAGUCUCGGCGUUGCAUUAUGUAAUCGUUAUUGUCAAUUUUUGUAAGUUCGUGAGGUUUAUUAUUUUCAGUCCAGUUUAGUAUAAAGUUUUGUGUUUUGGUUCAUGUAAAUCAGUCGCUUAGUUGUAUCCGGAGUUGCCGUACAGAUCUUGUAAGUAGUUAUAGUUAUGGUUAUUGUUAUAGUUUUUCCUUUAAUUUUUGCUCGUUUUCUUAGUCAUUUGUUGUACUUUAAGUUAUCGUUUUUGUAAGGCUAAUUCUGUAUUUUCUUUUUUUUUUUGCUGUAAUUGUUCUAGUGAAUCGAGAAGAAAAAGUCGAAUUCAAACUGUACAAGAGUGUUUUCUACAGUAGUAUUCAUAAAUUUCGUUGGAUCAAUUGAUAUUCACGUCUCUUCAUUGGUUUUUCUUUUUUCUUUAUUUUAAUUCAUUAGGUUUUGUGUUUAGUGAGCCAUUUUCUAAUGUUUUCUGUGAGGUUCGCUUUCUCAAUUGACCAGUUACAAUCAAGAAUUUUGCUCUUGGCUUAUAGCUAAUGGUUUUACUUUUUUUUGGUUGCAUAAGUCUAUAGAGAGGAGAAGUGUGAUGUCACGUUAGCAUGGUGGCAAAAUUUUUGGAUGACAAUAAUAGGGUUAAGCAAUCUAUGAUGAUGGCGACGGCAAUGAGAAUGGCAAAAAAGCAAGAAGUUUAGGUUGGCAAAACAAUAACUUUGGAUGUGCAUCACGCUUUUUUGUACAUUUCGUAGCUGUCAUUGCACGACUGCGACAUGAAACUUCCUAAUUUGUUGCACCCACUUUAUGGAGCAGGUGAACACUACAUAAAAAUUUUGUUUUCCUUUUUGUAAACUUAGAUACCGUUGUUUCAGAUUCAACCCCAGAAAUUUCGCCAACAUUUGACUAAUUAAAUGAAACUGAAUAAAAUUGAUGAAGUUUGAAACAGUGCAAAUUCACUUUUUAAGUGAUGUUUUCAGUUUGUUGCCAUCCAGAAAGUUUGUUACCAUGGCAAAGUGACAUAACGACUUCUCCUCUCUAUUGGAAGGUCUCUGAUUUUCAGGGUAUCAGCUUUUAGCCGAGAUUCGCCUUAUGGAUGAAGAAAUACAGUAUUUAUUGGUACUGACUGAACUCUACAAUUUCAAAAUGACUGUAAUAAAGUAGUAAUUGAACUUCUCGUCAUGCAAUUUUGGUCUGAAAUCAUACUUGUGAUUGCAAAUCGAACUUGCACUGUAUGCUCAUCUGUUUAAAAUCCCAUGUUGAUUUCAGUGUACCAAUUGGCCCUCCACUCAGUUCAGUUACCAUGUGAUUAUUAAUUUUUAUCUAACCAAAUUAGGCUAAAAAAGAUAAAGACAUCACGGAAGGAGUUCUGUCAAUUCCUGAUCUGGAUGAUGAAAACCAGUCCAGUGAUGAUAAGAAUGGGCUUGAUAGCAGGUACUUAUCGAUAAAACUUGAAGUUUUUAGUUAAUUUUCAAGUGAUUUUUAGCUGUCUUAAAAAGUGAGAUGAAAUGGAGAGAGAAUGGUAUUUUACUGAAGUAUGGUAAAAAAAAUUGACAUUUCAGUUCACUAUAGCACUAAUUAAACUGUAGAUAAAUGCAGAAUUAUUGCCACAUGAACCUGUUUUAAGCUCUGUUAAGUAAGAUCAUCAGCAGAGCUGAUCUAGUCUUUAACCAGGCAGUCAUGAGUUUGACUUCUAUUAACUGAGAGAACACUAAGAUUUCUCUGUUCUGAGAUGCCUACAGUUGUCACCAACUAAAAGACAUCAGUUCUCAGCAAAAGAGUAGUAAUAUGUAUACUCAGUCUGGUAAACUACCUAUAAUCUCAAAGUAUUCGGGUUCAAAAACUAGAACAUUGCCAUAAAAGACAUUAAAGGGACAGGUUCACGGUUCAGCACAUGCUCAUUAAUUUAAUUACUUUUUUGCAAUUUGUUAUUAAUUCUAUUGGUUAAUAAUCACACUCACAUGUAUCUCAAUGAUCUCAGAGUGUAUUUCAAAGUAGAGGUGUAUUUCAGUGUAGCCUGAAGUGGGAUGGAGGAGUACUAAAAUCGCAGAAAAAAUUAGUGGAUUAUGCCAACACUACCAACGUUGAAUUUAUUGUUGACCCGAAGGUUUUAUUCCAUGGUUGAUUAAUUUACAGCUAAUUUCACCCAAGUUGAUCAAGUGACUGCCAGGGGAGUGUGCAGAUUGAUUCUUUGACAUUAUUAUAACAUGAUCAUCUUGCUUUCAUAGACGAUACAGCAUGUCCCGACAGAAAAACAGCAUUUUGAGUAAUGAGUAUGAUCUGAACCAUGAACCUGUCCCUUUAAUCAUCAUGGAUAAUGUGUAUAGAGGGUUUAGUUUUAUCGUUUGUCUCACAAUAAUUGUCACUUUGAUAUUGAUCGCGACAUUUUGACCGCACACUGCAGGUCUUCGUCAGACAAUAAUGUUGAUUUACUGAGGUGAACUAUUUGUACCACUGUGGUUGUUAGCGAUUGGUAUAUCACAAACCUCGCUCAUGGUUGGUGGGUUUUGAUCCAACGCAUUGUUGGCAUUGUGAGAGGAAGAAACUGAUCCCUCGACAGUCUGCUGUGGUAGAGGUCGGAUGUCAUGUUGUCUGAUUGUAGGCACUCUGUGCUUCAGGAAUCUCAAUUCCACUGUCCCUGUCGAUGUUGUUAGGAUAAAGUCUUAUAUAGAUAGCCUCCUUAACCUAGGUUCUGCAGUAUAGAAAAACAAUUUUAAAAAACGUGAGAAAAAAAUUGAGCAGGGUUUUAGAAAAAUUGUGAUGACAUUUUGAAGUUAAAAAAGGGUCUGGUUGACAAAAUAAUUUAAUUCCUGUUAAAGGUAACUUUGAUUUAAAAAAAAACCAUUUCUUUUUAUUAUUUUUAAAUUAAUUUUUAAUAAUUUUUAUUUCUUCCCCUUAGUUCAAGAGGUUAAAAAAGAAAUUUUUUUGUCUUUAGCAGGGAAACUAUCAUUGAUGCUGCUGUGAAAAAUGUCCUUUGGCAAAUGAGCUCAGAUCGAAAAACAACUGCAUUGAAACAACUCCAAGGUCACAUCUGGAAAGAAGCAUAUGAUGAUGGAAAAAUCAAAGGAGAGUAAGUCUUGUUUUUAUUCCUAAUUCAUUAAUGGUUAAAUUUUUUCUAUUUUAAACCCUGAGUGUCAGGCACUUCCGGUGGGGUAAGAGGAAGAGAGAAGCUUCAUCCUCUAAAAUCUCCUUGAUCAUAACCCCUAACGAAGGCAUGAUAUGAGCACAAUUCUAUUUAAAUAAUAAGCUACUUAUUGCAGGAUGCAAAAAACCGUUCGGAAAUAAUUUGUACAAUUGGUUAUUUCCCGACACAGACCAAUUUGUGGUCUUUUUCGAGCUGAAUGACAGUACGUCUUUACGGCAGACUUUUAACGAUUCAGGCUCUAUUAUUUGCCAAACAUCUUCAUCGCUUUCUUUGUUGGUUUGAGUGACUAGAAGUUCAAUUCCAAAAAUGCUAGAGACGAAAAUCAUAGCUGAACAACGUCAUCAUGGCACGGGCGUGCAUAAAUAAAGAUUUAUAGCGGCUUUAUAGGACUUAUACAGGGCAAGCACGCGCGCUAUUGUUAUAAUACUAGAUUUGAGGAUUUCUCUGCAAUGGUUUGAAGUCCACUGUCUGAAGUAAAUUUAGAAUGCAUUUAUAACGGGAGCUUCAAUUUAGCUCUGGCUAAAUCUAUAUAGUAUCCGUUUGUAAAUGCGUAGCACCCAUUUGCAGUGCGCGUAAAAAUCACUCAUUUUUUUCCCCGCCGCGUGGCGCCUUUUCUCGCGUAGGGUGAUUUUCACGCGCGCUCGCGUUUGGCUCGCUAUACUAUCCCUGAGCAAAAAUGGGGACUACUAGUAGUCUAGAAAGCUGCCCGCAAAGGGCAGGCAAAUGAAGACGAUUUAUCUAGAUAUAAGCAUUUUUUGAGCUUGGAAAAAUUUUGAACGAAUAAUGAAACAUUGUCAGUCAUCGGAUUCGGCUUUCUUAGUAUAAUAUAUGAAACAAACGUUGAUCUCGGAGGGUUUUAUCCACGCUGAUUUUCGACGUCGGGGGAUAACACCCCUCAAUUAGCGUAAUUCUUCAUCCAUGUAUCAUACUUAGUCUCAUUGAAAUUACUAUUUAUUUCACAAUGAAAAUUGCCUGAACGUAAGAACAAUCGGACAGCACAAGCACAAAGACAGAAAGCAACACUUUCCCUUUUUAACGCUUGCAUUGUGCCUGUGUCGCUCUCAGUGAGAACUAGGCUUUAAUUUUGUUUGUUACAACAUUUCAUUCCAGCAUAUUUGAUGAUGUUACCCCUGCAUUCAAACAAUGGAAAUCAAAGGACGUUAAAAUAUAUAUUUAUUCAUCUGGAAGUGUGGCUGCUCAAAAGCUUCUGUUUGGAAAUUCUAAGUUUGGAGAUUUAUUACAGGUAAUUAAACUGAGUUUUGCUCUGUAACAGUUUUUUUCUACUGGAGCUACAAAAAACCUUAUGCACAAUCUUAAAAAACUCCGAAACUCUUAGCGCCUUCAAAGAAAGCAGCUUAAAAUUAGUGGGAGGAAAUGUUUCUGUAUUCCUGACAAAUCAGGAAAUUUUGAUACGUGAUUCACUUUUCUGUUUACACGUAGAUGCCUGAAUUCGAAAUAAAAAUAUCGACGUGUCCAAAGAUUUUGAAUACGGUGAAUGAAUACUUUGAAUCCAAAUGAAUAUUCUCACAUUAACAUCUGUGUGUGUAAACGUUAAUGAACCCAAAUACCCUAUAUGCAGUUAACCCGAAAAAUUUAUUAAGAACUCCCUUUUAGUUCAAAACCUUGCCGUUCUUUGUGUCGUCAUGCAACGCUCCUGUGUAGAGAGCAGACUAGUGAUAAUCUGAUAAUGACGUCAUUGCAUAUGUGACUGCAAGUAAGUAUCAAACAUUGACAGACCUGGUGCGCUGUUUGUUUGACAAGUUGUGCGGUAUUGGUCAUCACGUCUUCCAUUAGGUAAUCUUCGUCACGAUGUAUGUCUUCUUGACGUUCAUCCUUAAUAUCGUCAUCAUCAUCAUUAUCAUCAUCAUCAGCAUCACUGACACUAUUACUACCAACUGUCAUAGUUUUUAUGUCAAUAUGGUUAACAUUCUUGGAUUUUUUUCUCCUCGCCUCUAGUAUAUAAAUGGACAUUUUGACACUAAUAUCGGAGCGAAAAUGGAAUCAAACAGUUACGAGAAGAUAGCAGAGGAGAUGAAGAUGAAGCCCUCGAGUAUUCUUUUUGUUACUGACGUUAUUGGUGGUAAGCUUUUAGAGUUAUCAUUGUCAAACACAUCCAUUUUGGCUUUGUUUGAAAACUCUCAUAGUCAGGCGAAAAAACCUCUCAUAGUUCCUUUGUUUAACAAAGAUUAAGUCCACCAUAACCAAAGGGAGAACGCAGAAAAAAGGUUUUCCUGAUUAAUAAUUCAUGGGCGAUGGAAUGUCUCCCUUACCCUUCAAAUACGGCCGUCUCCUCUCGUGAACUCGCCCCUCGCUGCUAGGGACAUUUUGCCACCUGCAUCUCCUCGCUCCCCUCCGCUAGAGACAUUGCGCGGGAGAGAGUCUCUCCCACGAAACGUCCCAAGCGGCGAGGAGCGACGAGACACGGCUGUAUUCGCAGGCCAGUUCUCCCGUUCUUUUUCGUUAAACUUUGCCUCCAAUGAUAUCUUCCGUGAACAUUUCGGCCCGAUUAGUUACCCGUGUGGGGUCUCCGAGGUAUGGUUAAGACCCGAUCGCGGAGAUGACCUCCAAAAAGGACUUUACAGAUUAAAGGAUGCGUAAAACCGACACGCCGGAAUCUGGGUAAUAUUCCCGAUUAGAUGUGGCGCUUCCCCAGUAUGUUUUAACUAGUAUUGUAUGAGGCUGUACAUGAGAACGUUGAGUGAGAGUCGCUCAUGCAGUUAUUAACCAAACUCUUCUUGAGGUACAUGAUAAGGGGUUCCAUUUUCAAUGGAAAGUGUCAGUAAUAAAAGGGGUACCUAUUUGGUCAGAAGUAGGGUAUAAAAGGGCUAGGGUCUGGACUUCGGGACAGAGCAUGCCUGUAUAAAACUUGUACCCUCCCAUCCGCCCUCUGUGCCCUCCAAGUUGGGAUCCUGUUAAUAACAGUUAUAUGUAAGUGGAAGUAUGGGUAAGGGUGUGUAAGAAUUGGUUGCCAUUUUAAUGCUUCGCGCCCUAGCACAAUUAUGUUGGAAAAUGGCUUCGACAAUUCUGCAAUUUAGUUUAUUAGCACCCAGUAUAACUUUUUUAGUCAGCGUACAAAAGGUUAAAAACAGGGUAUUGGCAAUACAUGAAACUUCGAACAUUGCGGCAAAAUGACGAGGCCGCUUAGCUCGUUUAAACUUUGACACUAUUUGAUCGCGCUUGAAUUAUUCAUUUUCAAACUUAGUAUUCUUUUUCCAUGUGUUUUUCUCGCAGAGGCAAAAGCUGCUUUAGAGGCAGGAUUUAAAACUGCUGUUAGUGUUCGACCGGGAAACGCAGACCUCACAGAAGCAGAUAAAAAGAGGUUUACAACAAUAUCAACAUUCGAUGAGCUGUUUCCCAACACUGCCACGAAAGAUUCACCCAGGAUAAAGAAAGCAAAACCAGAUGUCUGA